AAUUUGCACUUUUUCGCCAAUAUCCAUUCUUCCUUUACCAUCAUCGACCCUAUCCCGACAUUCGAUUCAAGGUAUCGUCGAAAUGUCACACUGCAAAUACGAACAACCAAGACACGGAUCUUUGGGUUUCUUGCCCCGUAAGCGUGCCGCUCGUCAUCGUGGACGUGUGAAGGCUUUCCCAAAAGAUGACCCAAAGAAGCCCGUUCAUUUGACAGCUUUGAUGGGAUACAAAGCAGGUAUGUCACACAUCGUUCGUGAUUUGGACCGUCCAGGAAGUAAGAUGCACAAACGUGAAAUCGUCGAAGCAGUCACAGUUAUUGAAACUCCACCAAUGGUCGUCGUUGGUGUUGUCGGUUACGUUGAAACUCCUCGUGGUUUGAGAUCUUUGACAACCGUUUGGGCAGAACACUUGUCCGAUGAAGUCAAACGUCGCUUCUACAAGAACUGGUACAGAUCCAAGAAAAAGGCAUUCACCAAAUACGCCAAGAAGCACAGCGAAAACAACGGUCAAUCCAUCAGCCGCGAAUUGGAACGUAUCAAGAAAUACUGCACAGUCGUCCGUGUUUUGGCACACACCCAAAUCCGCAAGACUGGAUUGAAACAAAAGAAGGCUCACUUGAUGGAAAUCCAAGUCAACGGUGGAUCCGUUGCUGACAAGGUCGAAUUCGCCAAGUCCAGCUUCGAAAAGACCUUCGACGCCAAAUCAGUCUUCGAACAAAACGAAAACUUGGACGUCAUUGCCGUUACCAAGGGUCACGGAUACGAAGGUACUACCGCUCGUUGGGGUACCAAGAAGUUGCCCCGUAAGACCCAUCGUGGUCUCCGUAAGGUUGCUUGUAUUGGUGCUUGGCAUCCAGCUAACGUCAUGUUCACUGUUGCACGUUCUGGUCAAGACGGUUACCACCACCGUACCGAAUUGAACAAGAAGAUCUACCGUAUCGGAAACGGUGCCGAAGAGAAAUCUGGUGCAACUGACUUUGACACAACCAAGAAGACAAUCAACCCAAUGGGUGGAUGGCCACACUACGGUAUCGUCAACCAAGACUUCAUCAUGAUCUUGGGAUCUUGCCCUGGUGUUAAGAAGCGUGUCUUGACAUUGCGCCGCAGUCUCAAGACCCACGCCACCCGUAAGGAUCUGGAACAAGUCAACCUCAAAUUCAUCGACACAAGUUCCAAAUUCGGUCACGGUAUCUACCAAACCGGAGAAGAACGUGUUGCAUCCGAAGGUGUUCGCAAGAUCAAGGUUACCCCAACUGCUUGAUCGGUUCAUCUCUCUUCCCCCUUUUUUCGCCCACUCCCCAUCCCCCAAUUCCCACAUUCCCCCUUGUACGGUAUUCACUCUACAAAAAGCGUCACAGACGUCCACUUUCAUGCAAUAUACAAUAUGGCCAACGGCUGUUUGCAUCUGAGAAUCAUUAAUUGUGUGAUUGUGUAUUGAAGAUAUAGUACAGGGAUGUCAUUAUUGCUGUAAAAGAAUGGAUGGCUUUCAU